AUGAAAGCCACAAUUUUAGCAGCGGCAUUGGCCUUUGCCAGCCUGACUACCGCAGCCACUCCCGCUCAAUGGCGCUCAAGAUCCAUCUACCAGGUGUUGACUGAUCGUUUCGCCCGCACCGAUGGAAGCACUACCGCAAGAUGCAAUACGGGGGACGCACUCUACUGCGGUGGUACUUAUCAAGGCCUCAUCAAGAAACUCGACUAUAUCCAGAACAUGGGCUUUACUGCCAUCUGGAUCUCUCCAAUAACGUUCAACCUGGAGGAGAGAACUGCUUAUGGUCAAGCAUACCAUUCCUACUGGCAGCAGAACCUUUAUGCUCUGAACGAGCACUUUGGUAAUGCAAAUGACCUGAAAGCUCUUGCGGAUGCCUUGCACAGGCGGGGAAUGUACCUUAUGGUUGACGUGGUUGUGAACCACAUGGGCUGGCCCGGCUCGUUCAGCUCGGUAGACUACAGCAAAUUCAACCCGUUCAACCAGCAGCGUUACUUCCACCCGUACUGCACGCCAGACUACAACAACCAGAGCUCCGUAGAGGGCUGCUGGCUCGGUGACAACAAUGUCCAACUCGUUGAUCUGAAGACAGAGGAUCCAACCGUGGCGAACAUGCUAAACGCUUGGAUCCGCCAGCUAGUCUCCAACUACACAAUCGACGGCCUCCGCAUCGACACCGCCAAACACGUCUCUAAGUCCUUCUUCCCCGCCUUCAACGCCGCCGCCGGGAUUUUCAUAACCGGCGAAGUCUUCGACGGCAACCCGGCCUACACCUGCGACUACCAAAACUACAUGGACAGCGUUCUCAACUUCCCCAUCUACUUCCCGCUAACCCGGGCCUUCAGCUCCCCCACUGGCAGCAUCUCCGAGCUGGUCAACAUGGUCAACCAGCUUAAGAACGGCGCUUGCAAAGACACGAGUCUGCUGGGCACCUUUUCCGAGAACCACGACAUUACCCGCUUCGCGGCCAUCACGUCGGAUAUGAGCCAAGCGCGAAAUGUCCUCGCCUUCACGAUCCUGGCGGAUGGUGUCCCGAUCGUCUACCAGGGCCAAGAACAACACUUCAGCGGCGCGAGAGACCCGCUUAACCGCGAGGCGGUGUGGCUGAGUGGAUACAACACCAACGCCGAAUUGUACAAACUCACCGCUGCGCUGAACCAGAUCCGCAACCUCGCGGUCUUUAGGGAUGCGGGGUACGUGACGUACAAGAACUGGGUUAUUUACUCGGAUGCGAAUACGAUUGCCAUGAGGAAGGGGUUUGAUGGGGGGCAGAUUGUUACGGUGUUGAGUAAUAAGGGGACCGCGGGUAAUACGUAUACGCUGCAGCUCGGGAAUCAUGGGUUUGCGAAUGGGGCACAGGUGGUGGAUGUGUUGGCGUGCAGAACUGUUACGGUGGCGAAUGGGAACAUUCCUGUGCUUAUGGAGAGAGGGUUGCCGAGGGCUUUCUACCUUAGAAGUGGAUUGCUUGGGAGUGGGAUUUGUGGGCUGUAG